AAGCUAGUCAUGAACAUUUCAAAAAAUAAACACAAUUUUUUUUAAACGCCUAUCUGUUAUCAAAAUUCCAAGUUAAAAUGCCUGCCAAUUCGAAAAGCGGUGGUGGUGGUUCAUCCAGAUCGAGUAGACCUUCGUCACGCAGCCCUCCUCCGCCCCGGACCAGAGCACCUCCUCCGCCACCUAGGACUCCACCAAAGGCCGCGCCUGCCGGAACCCCUCCUCCGGGACGCUCAUCCGGCAUCAUGAGGGACAUCGGGACAACUGCUGCGGGAGUGGCUGUCGGUUCGGUCGUCGGAAAUGUGAUAGGAAGUGCCCUUACCGGUAGAGGAGGAGAGGGAGGAUCAUCAGGCCAUCAUGCUGCUGCCCGGUACGAGUGUGAUCCCGAGAGUCCUUGCGCCAAUGAAGUUGAACUAUUUUUGGAGUGUGCUGUGGAUCAACAGGAUCUGCAGAAGUGUGAAAGUUUGAGGGACAAAAUGGCUGCCUGCAAGAAAAAGUACGGGGUUUGAAGAAAUCAUUUAUAACUUAAGUGACCUGGAACCUCAAAUUUGGAUUGUGAUUAAAAUUUUUACCAGAUGAACUCAAAUCUGUAUACAUGAAUCGAAAAGCAAUUCAAACUAAUUCGAUUUUUGACAAUAGAUGACGAUACUGAUACCUAUAUUUU